AUGGCAACAGCGACGCGUACGAGUGUAGCACUUCCCGAGAUCUUUUCAGACGGCGAUAUGGUUCUGUGGCUACGAAAAUUUGAGCUUUGUGCGAAGGCGAACGAUUGGAAAGAUACGGAUAUGUUAAAAAGGCUGCCAACUCUGUUGCUUGGCAAAGCUUUUGCGAUUUUCGAGCGUCUUGCGGCGGAGACGAAAGAAGAUUUUAAAGUACUAACGAAAGCGCUAACGGAGGCUUUUGGUGGUGAUGAGAACGGCAAAUAUCUCGCGAUGAUGGCAUUUCGCAGCUGAAUGAGAAAGCCAGACGAAGACAUCCAAGUAUUCGCCUACAAUUUAGAAACGCUAUUAAGACGCGCGAUGCCAAACAUCUAGAAGGGCGACAGAGAAACACUUCUCAAGCAACAAUUUGUCGAAGGAGUGUUUAUAGAACUAAAGAGACAAUUAUUACAACGACCGACCCUCGCGUACGAGGAGACAGUUACGGCGGGGCAACAGCUGGAUUUAGCGGGUCAGAUUUCAUCGAGUCAAUCGGUUAACGAAGUGAAUACGAGCGGUGGCACGAAUCAAACGGUAGUAGAGUCGCCCUUGGCUAUGCAAUUGAUGCAAAGUGUAGAUAUUCUUACGAGGAAGGUUAGUGAAUUAUUUCAAUCUGUUGCUAACGUAAACGCAGCGUCUGUGCGAAAUUCCCCCGCGGAGCGCCGGGGCCCUUGUUAUCAAUGUGGGCGAAUGGGUCACAUCGCCAGCGAAUGUAGGAGUACGUCCGGGAACGGGCGACGAAAGAAUUAUCGACAGCGCCAAACUGAAAAUUACUGCUUUGUUUGUGGACAGAUGGGACAUUUCGCGCGGGAAUGCCAGUUUCGAUUCCAGUCCUCCAUUAAUAGCCAACCACGUCAGGGAAAUGACCAGGGGCCGACCCGUUUCUAGGCCGGGGGUCAGCCCAGGAUAAUGCGGCCUUGCCCAUAAACUGUGUUCAGCCCACGGCAGUCUUCGUAAAGGCACGAUUGGGCGACCAUGAGCGAAAAUGUUUAGUGGACACAGGUGCAACGGUGUCGUUAGUCAGCAGAGAAUUUAUUAGUGGACCCUUAAAGCCAUGUUCUUUGAGGGCAAGAGGGAUUGGCGGGGAGGACCUACAUGUGUUGGAAUCAACGGACUUGCAUGUUUGCCUUGGAAUGUCGAAGGUCUCCCAUCAGUUUCUGGUCGUGGGUAUGAGAAACACUUGCAUUUUGGGUGCCGAUUUCUUAAAAUCGGGGGGAAUGGUUGUGGACAUAGCGAACUCGAAGCUUUCGUGGAAGACAGGGGAAGCAGAAUUAAUGGUUGAGACAACUUCCCCAACUGUGAACAAGCUAAGUGUUCUGCUCGAAAGUUAUUCAGACAUUUUUGUAAACGGGCCGAGCGAUUGA